AUGGAGGUGGUGCGGGAAGGCAUCUCAGGCAGCAGAGACCAUCCAUCUCCCUCAUCCACAGAGCCCUCAGAGGAGGGCCCCCCAACAUUGCCUCAGGGCCCCCCAAUCCCUGGUGACCCCUGGCCAGGGGUACCCCCUCUCUUUGAGGACCUUCCACCUCCAGGCCCCAGUCGUCCCUGGAGAGACCUGCCUGAAUCUGGAGUCUGGCCUCCUGUACCCCCUAGAACUGAUCCCCCUCAACCUCCCCGGCCUGAUGACCCCUGGCCAGCAGGACCCCAGCCUCCAGAAAACCCCUGGCCACCUGCCUCUAAGGUGGGCCACGGAUCUCAGGAGGAGCCAGAUCUUGACCCACCCCAGGAGGAGUACAGACAAUGGAUCCCCCAGAGGCAUCCUGGGCCUCUGCCCUCAAGCCCAUCUCUACCCUUCUGAUUUCCCUUGAAUUCUCCCCAAUUUAGCCUAACUCCUUAAUUCCUUUCCUCAUUCCUUCUGUUUUAUUCUGAACCCGGAAGGUGUUGUUCUCAAUAUUUUCUGUCCCCUCUUGAGAUCGGUAUUUAGCCCCCUCCUCCCCCUUCUUUUUCCUCUGACAGCCAAAGUGAACACCCCUACCUCACCUGCAGUCCUCUCCCCUCCCACCGCCUCUUCCCCACCCCUGGGACUCUCUGGGCAGGGCUGGCAGCACUGUGUUCUCUGCUGCUACCUGGUGGCCGCCAGCUGGGAACUACCAGGAGACCAUGGUGCUUCCAUGAAAUGGAAAAACAAAAAACCAUGUUUUCUAAUUUUGACUCUAGGCUGCGUCUUUGCCAAUGAGCAGGACUUUGAACAUUCAGAUGCCCUCAUAACAGCCAUGGACCUACAGAGAUCUGGAAGUCAUCUGAGUUCCUGUCUUGCCCAUAUGCGUAGGGAUGUGGAACUCAGCCAGUGGAGGGUUGGAAAUGCAACUCUCAGAGUUACAAGGACAUUCAGACCCACAUUUCUCCCAUUCUGGGAUCCCUGUUUUGGAGAACGAGAAACCAAGUUAAGUCUCUCUUUAAUAGCUUAUGGUUUGCAUACCUCUGGCUGAACAUGAAAACUCUCCCAGGGGGACGUGGGCAGGACUAAGUUGUAAGGGGAUCAAUUUCCAGAAGCAUAUGUGUCCCUUCCUAAAAUGAAUCUGCCUGAGAACUGUGUUCUCCUUUUCCACAUGCCUCCAUUAACAAGUGACCCUUCUCUCACUAGACAGAGGAAGGCCGAGCUCUCUCGCCCACCCUGAACUGAACCUGGGUGCUCUUCCUGGAGCUACCAAAUGAAGUCAAUGGAAAAUAAAAAUCAGCCCUUUCCAUCUCAUGAAGAGAUGAAUUUUUAGUAGAA